AUGCAAGCUCGAAAUUUCAAAGAAUAUAUUCACCCCAACGGUCCCCCCAAAGCCAAACUAAUCUUCAUCCAUGGCUUCUCCGAUCACAUAAACCGCUACUAUAAUCUCUUCCCCACUCUUGCCGCCCGUGGAAUCGAAGUACACGCAUUCGACCAACGAGGCUGGGGCCGCAGCGUCAGUAAACCCUCUGAAAAAGGUCUCACCGGUCCAACCUCCCUCGUCAUAUCCGAUAUCGUCUCAUUUAUCAAAACACAACUGCCUUCUCCAGUUCCUCUAUUCGUCAUGGGUCAUUCGAUGGGCGGAGGUGAAGUUGUUACUUUGGCUAGCGAUCCCCAGUAUGCGGAUUUGAUGGACAGUAUUCGAGGAUUAAUUUUGGAGAGCCCUUUUAUUGCAUUUCCGAAGGGGUUUGAACCGAAUUUCCUCACUGUGUUUCUUGGACGACUGGCGGGGAGAUUUCUGCCGCAUAGACAUAUGGUGAAUCGACUUCCGCCUGAGAAUCUUACGCGGGACCCGGAGGUUGUAAAGUCGAUGGAUGAAGAUACUUUGUUGCAUAAUACGGGGACACUUGAGGGGUUGGCGGGGAUGUUGGAUAGGACUGCUGCGAUGAAUCAGGGCAAGACGAGGUUAAAUCCUGGAGUUAAGAGUUUAUGGUUGGGACAUGGGACGGAGGAUAAAGGGACGAGUUUUGAGGGGAGUGAAAAGUGGUUCAAUCAACAGACGGAAUUAAAGGAUAAGGAAUUCAAGAGGUAUGAAGGGUGGUUUCAUCAGUUGCAUGCGGAUCUUUCGGAUAAUCGCGAGAUCUUUGCUAAGGAUGUUGGGGAUUGGAUUUUGGCUAGGUGUGAUGAUGGGGACGAAAGUGGUAAAGGGGGACAGUCAAAGUUGUGA